CCUUCAGUCAUGUUCAAAAAUUACUUUUCAGAGUGAGAAACAUGUUCUUGCAGGUCCUUGUAGCUCCAGAUGACUGCCGAUGUUCCGAACUCGCUCAACUGGGUCUCCUUCGUCACGGGGAUCCUCUCCUUCGGCCUAACAAUCCUCAACUUGAUCGCACUAUACGGCAACUUCGUCGCCACCAUCCGAGCUGCUCCUAGUGAGAUUCGAGAUGCAUUGGGGAACCUCCGACACCAGCUGUGUGAGGAACGAGAGGCCCUGCGAUACCAGACAAAGGAGAUACGCUCAAAUGGCAGAUUACGCCAGGGUAUUGCGAUCGUCAACGACAGGUUAGCCAGCCAUGAAGCUCAUAAGACGCUUAUGCAUGCCGAGAAGACUUUGCCGCUUCAUUACAUGACUCUGCGGGAUCUCUGGUGCAGUUUCAAAGACAUCGAGAGGCCGUUUCUCGUCGCGAGCGGGUUCCGCGCCGAGGCUAUUCUUAACGGCGCAACCUGGUCUGAGGGGGACCUUGAUGAGAAGGUCCGUCCUGACUUCGAGAAGCACGGCGAAGCGGAAAGUUUUGCGGACUGGAGCGCGCUUUAUAAGUGUGACUUUAUGCACAGGUUCAUUUGGUGGCAGGUCAAGGAUGAUGUGAAGAAGUUGUCGGAUGAGGUUGGACGGAUCAUGGCGCGGCGGACGGAGAGAGAGGUUACUUCCACCCGUAUGAUGGUCAAGCAACUUUUCAAUGGCGAUCUGCCUCCGCAGAUUAUCGAAGCGCAUCCGCGCCGCCCUCCAGGAGGCGUGGACGUGCCCAGACGGGAAGACGGCAGCCCCGCGGCUAGUGAAAGUCAACACGACGCUCCAAAGAGCGAUGCUGCCACCGUCGGCAAGCGCCAGCAACGUCCACAACCCCAGCAGCGUGAUUCCAAGACCAGGUGGGAACAGUUCCGGAGCAGACCUACGAAGCAGUACGACAUCAUAGAGUAUUUCGAAGGCCAGGGACGAGAUCACUCAAGAAUUAUCGAAGUGAUCCCUGAGAGUGAGAUUGACUACUUCUCUCAACGUUUCAGGCAAAGGCGCGAGAAGAAGUGA